AGCGGCAUUGCAAGGAUGACUGAACUCAUUAAAGGGCACCCGAAGCUGCUUCGUGGUCUCAAUGUCUUCCUUCCCGAGGCUAAGAUAACCAUCCCUACCAAGGCUAACAAAGGAGCUGAUAAAGCUGGUUUCAUUGCAAAGGUGAAGGAACUCAUGAAAAACCACCGGAAUAUUCUUCUAGGUUUCAGUGUCUACCUUUCAGCUGGCACUAAGCUAACCAUCCCUCCCGAGGCUGAGAAACAUAUUGCGCCGUCUGAUAAUAACAAACGAAAACGUGCUAAGUCGAUGAUCAAGAUUGCGUCUGAUAAUACUGAUAAUAACAAAAGAAAACGUGCUAAGUGUGAUGAUCCAGAUUAUGAUCCGGAUUCUGAGAAGAAGCUUAAGAAGCGAAAGAGAAAAGGAAAGAAUGUGUCUCCACCUAAGAAAAAGGUGAAACUUAGCAAGCGCGCAAUACAUUGUAAGAAAUGUGGUCAAGCAGGGCACAAUUCUCGUUCAUGUGGUAAGAGAGCUCUUCAGGCUUGUGGAAGUAGUGGAUCGCAAAUGAAAGCAUCUCAACCUCAGCGAAAUACUUAACAAGUAGAAGAUUAGAAACAAGUGUGUGGAAUGUUUUUCUUUUUUUUUGCAUUCUUAGUAUUAAAGCUUUUGUGGCUCAUAUUUUAGUGGUUUUUUCACUAAAGAUGUGUUAAGGUUUUUGUGUGAAGUACCUGUUAGAAGAAGCAGAACUCUCAUCUUUAUUGUGUUGAUCUAUGAUUCUUUUAAGUUCUAAUGUUGAAUUACAUUACAAAUUGUCUCUCUGGUUUUUGGAUCCAUUUUACAACAUUCUUGAAGCUUGAUUGACAUGAUAUCUAGCUACCUGAGAGUGAUCAUUGUUAUAUCUCUUCAUGCUUUAUAGGAACUUAAAAUUUCGAUCAAAUUUAGAGAUCAAUGUUGGUUUCUAAUCAAUAAGUUAGUUGAUGCUUGACUUACCCAAUUUCAAGUGUAUAUCUUGUGUGUAUUGAAUAAGAGAUGGUGUUAUACAUCACCACGGUCUAAUUGAUGAAUAUUGUGAUCAUCAUUGGAAUUUAUAAAUAGUUCAAUACUAA